AUCACGAAAGGUAUAAGUCGACCUCCUGUAAACGUCCAUCUUCGCGGGUAUCUUCACGUGUGUUCCGUGGUAUUUGUGUGGUGUGGUUAGUGUGCUAAAUAUCGAAAGGUGUGCAAGGUGUGGUUGACAAGGAUCCGUUGGUUAAUCGUCACGUGAAAGAAGCAGAAGGAAAGCAAGCGUUGGAACGUGCGCUCACACAGCAGCAGGGGAUGGCGGUCACCUCGCCCAAGAACGUCAAGGAGAGCAAAGUGGAGAACGCGGAUAGAAGUUGGAUAGCCAGACCGAUCUUAAGCUCGGAAUUCACCGACGAUCCAACUUUAGAGGAUGUCUACGUGGGUCUGCUUAAACAGAAGAAGGACAUCUCGCGUGCUAUUAAAAGUAUAUCAGCUGUUCUACCUGGUUUCCGUCAUCUCAAGCGUUGCUCCUCGAACAAGCUACUACUGACACCGGUAAACACUCGAGAAUUGGCGAAAGAAGACUCGUCUGUAGAAUACACUUUAACCGAAGAGAGACUGAAAGAGGUGUUGAACGAGAGAGGAUUUAACUUGUCCCUGUUGGAAGAGAAUUUUCAAAUUUUAAGGGUACCGUCAAGAGCAGCGAGAACGAAAGUUCAAGCGGCACGAUCCUCGAAGAUUUGGCCCGUGAACUUUCAUCCGGAUCCCAGUAUCGAACGUCUGAUCGAUGGAUCAGUUUUCACUGAACACCAAUUAGACACGAUAGGGAGGUAUAUGAGAGUGGCGGUGGAUGCGGCAAGAUUAGAAGCUGUCGGUGAUUCCAAUUGCAACGGGUCAGCGGUGAUCGUCGAUCCUGAGGAUGGACGAAUCCUCGCGGUUGCCGCCUCGAGAAUCGAUCAGCAUCCGAUGUGGCACGCAGCUACGCUCGCAGUCGAUCUUGUUGCGAAACUUCAAGGUGGCGGUGCGUGGAAACUGGAUGGAAAUACCGUAGAAUCUGAUUCUAGUGGUAAACGGGAGAUAGAAGACUACGCAACGGGGGAGGGUACAGUCAAAAGGAAGUACGUCGAAGAGGCUCCGCUUUAUUACCCAAAAUCUCUGUCGAAAAUUAAUCUUCCGAAGGAAGAACCUCUUGUACCUACCGUUGCUCGAAAAGGACGAAACAAGGAUGGAUCGACGAAGAUGUGCGAACAGACGGACAAAUGUGGUCCCUAUUUGUGCACAGGAUAUUGGGCAUUUUCGUCGAAGGAACCGUGUCCCCUGUGCGCUAUGGCACUUUUGCACUCGAGAGUUUCCAGGAUAUUUUACGGUGUACCUAACGAAAACACCGGUGUACUAGGGUCCAGAACGAUCUUGCACGCUGUGCCAGGAUUGAAUCAUCGGUAUCAAGUUUGGAGCGGUGUUCUGGAGCAAGAAUGUCGACAAGUGUUGCGUGAGAUCGAGAGCAGAAAUAUAGAUUGA